AUGCUUAUAACAGAAAGGAUUAAAGAAUUACUUAGGAUCAAUGCAAUAUCACUAAUGUGGAUGAUAUAUCUUUUUCUGCAUACACACAAUGAAGCAGUGAAAAAUGAAAUUUUCUAUAAUGCCAUUAUACCAUUAAAAAAAGGUAGAACAAGUAUCUGUUCGAUUCAUGGUAAUAUAAAACAUAAUAAUAUACUAUUAUUAAAUAAAGAUAAAAAUAAUUUUUUUAUUUUUUUAAAAAAAUAUAAGUUAUGUUCUUUUAAAAAUAAAAAAAAAAAAUAUGGCUUGUCGUCGUAUAAUAUUUUUAACACGAAAUUCUCGAUGCACUUGAAAUUACAAAAUAAUAUGGCUAUAGACGAAAAAGAGUAUGAUAUAGCAAUACUGGGUUGUGGAGUUGGAGGACAUGCUGCGGCCAUAAAUGCAAUGGAAAGAAAUUUUAAAGUUUUAAUUUUUGUAGGAGAGGAAAAUUCUAUUGGAGGAACAUGCGUCAACGUUGGGUGUAUACCCAGCAAGUCGUUACUGUAUGCGACAAAUAAAUAUAGAGAAUUGAAAAAUAUGGCCAAAAUGUAUAACUAUGGAAUUUACAGCAAUUUAUUUUUGAACGAAGCGCACAGAAAAGACGGAAGUGAUGAUAACAGCAGUAGCAGUCGUAGUAUACGUAGCAGUCUUAGCAGCCUUAGCAGCCUUAGUGAACAUGACAAAAUGCGCAGCAACCAGAUGGUAGCCGACAGCGUCGAAAUGGACGUGGAAAAGUUAAAAGAAUACACAGAUAGCGUUAUCAGUAAGCUAAGGGGAGGAAUUACGCAUGGACUGCAAAAAUCGAAAUUCAGUAAAAAUUCGGAACAUGUUCAGGUAAUUUAUGAACAUGGUUAUAUAAUUGAUAAAAAUACUAUAAAAGGUAAAAAAAGUGGAAAUACAUACAAGGUAAAAAACAUAAUAUUGGCAACUGGAUCAACUCCAAAUAUUCCAGAGAAUGUAGAAGUAGAUGAAAAAAGUGUAUUUACUAGUGAUCAAGCAGUAAAAUUAGAAGGAUUAAGAAGUUAUAUGAGUAUAAUUGGGAUGGGAAUAAUUGGAUUAGAGUUCUCAGAUAUAUACACAGCACUAGGAUCCGAAAUUACAUUUUUUGAAUAUUCUCCUGAGUUACUUCCCAUGAUUGAUAGUGAUGUAGCGAACUAUUUCGAAAAAGUGUUUUUACAAAACAAGCCCGUAAAUUACUAUCUAAAUAGUGAAAUCAAAUAUGUAAAAGCAUCUAAAAAUAACAAGCCCGUAAUUGUUGGAUAUGUAGAGAGGGGGUUAACCGGUGGUAGUAGCAGCAGCAGUAGCAGUAGCAGUAGCAGUAGCAGUAGCAGCAGCAGUAGCAGUAGCAGUGACAGUAGCGGUACUUCUAUCCCUUCACAGAUUAAGGAAUUACACGUGGACAGCUGCUUAGUAGCUACUGGACGAAAACCCAAUACGCAAAAUUUAGGAUUAGAAAACAUAGAAACACAAAUAAAUAACAGGGGUUAUAUAUUAGUAGAUGACUAUUUAAGAGUAAAAAAAAAGAAUGACGAAAUAUACGACAAUGUAUUUUGCAUAGGUGAUGCUAAUGGAAAACAAAUGUUGGCACACACAGCUUCUUAUCAAGCAUUAAAAGUAAUAGAUCUUAUUGAAAUGAAAGAAAAAAAUAUAUUAAAAGAGUCAGCAAAAAACAAUAUUAAUAAACCAAUACUAUAUAAAAACAUUCCUUCUGUAUGUUAUACUAAUCCUGAACUAUCUUUUAUUGGUUUAAAUGAAAAGGAAGCAAACAAAAUGUAUGCAGAUAAUGUUGGUACAGCAAUUUCUUAUUACAAAUCUAAUUCAAAAAUAUUGUGUGAAAAUAAUAUUACCUUGCAUGGUCAGGACAAAAACAAUGCAUAUAAUAAAGGUCAGUACAAUAUUACUGAUAAUACAAAUGGAAUGGUUAAAAUAGUAUAUAAAAAGGAUACAAAGGAGGUAUUAGGGAUGUUUAUAGUUGGUAACUAUGCUUCUAUACUAGUACAUGAAGCAGUCUUAGCAAUUAAUUUAGGAUUAACAGCCCACGAUCUAGCUUAUAUGGUCCAUUCUCAUCCUACUGUUAGUGAAAUACUGGAUACAACAUUUAAAGCGAUUUCCAAAAUUAGGACACAUUAA